UGCAGGAAAGAAAACAGUUGACUGUGAGGUUCAGUUGGCCACCUGUCAGUCGUCAGACACCAAGUCGCAGGACUGAUCGAAAAUAAAUGACAGGAUGCAGUUCGUUUCAUUUUUGAAUUCACACUGCAGCCCUCUCCCCAUUGGAACAUUCAUUUUUUUGGUAAUAUUCCAACUUCAUUAGGAACAAUAAUAAAAAAGUGCUGACCUUUGAUCCCACAGUACUGUCACUAAUCACACAGGUAAGAACCAAAAUGCAACUCAAUGAUCAUUAUUGAUCAUGAAGCAAGAUUCUAGAUGUUUAUUUGUCUCUUAAUUAUUUAUCCAGGAAUAGUCCCAUUGAGAGUCACUCUAUCUUUUGCUAGGGCGUCCACAUAAAAUGCAUAUGAAAAACAAACAGCAACAGUUAUACAGUCUGCAAAUAACAUCGAUGAUGAUUUAUAUGGAUGUUAUUAUUUGUACUUUCUUUUGUAGCACUGCGUGCCCUUGAGUACCGUACGGUCUGCGUUACGCAUAUUGACAAUAAAAGUAACUUAUAACCUUGUAAAAAAAAAAAAACUGCUCAGUAAAACGAGCAUUCAUUACUCAAAUAGGUUUUAAAGUGCUUGGGAAAUAAUCACAUUUGAAAUAAAAUAGUAAUUUUCACCAUGCCGCAUAUCCACCAUAUAAAAAUAACUUGAUAGUGAUUGGGGAGAAGGCACUGAGGAAAUGAUUCCCAACACAUCCUUGGUGAGGUUCUCUCUCCCUCUCUCUCUCUCUCUCUCUCUCUCUCUCUCUCUCUCACGCUCUCUCAGGUGUUUGUGGUUGCUUGAAUUUCUACUCGUAAAGCAGAAGAGCUGCAGAUGGUCACCAGUCGAAGUUAUGUCUGAAUAUUGAUCAAGUUGUCAUGCGAUGUUUGAUUUGAAUGAGCUUCUCUGCUGCUUCCUCCUGAUCGGGACAUCAGACGUCAUUUCAGUCACAAUUCAAUUAUUACUAAUUGGAGCCACCCCCGCCCGUCCCGUACGGCAUGACGUCACUGCGCCAGAGAAAUUACGUUGUAAAAAAAAGCCCGUUGUAACCGGGACGAAGAGGGCGAGCGCAGCGAACGCAGGCAGGCAGGAGCUCAUCUGACCUCAUUUGUGUUGCUGAUCAAUACGUGACCGUGAUGAGUGAGCAGCAACCGUGUUGGACUUGACUUGUACUGCCGCUCACAAGUGGAACGAAAAGCAUUCAACGAGUCAUCAAGCCACCACCGUCGACAUGACAAACGAGGUACAGGAGGCGCAGGAGGUGGAGUCUAUCCCAGAAGUGGCCGCGCACUCCACCCCCGUGCAGUCAGGGGAGGGCGGGUCGUCCCAGAACCGAUGCCUCUCAUUGGCCGACGAGCUGAGCGGUCACCUGUCGUCUAGCGGUCUGGUCGCUCCCUCCCCCGUCAGAAGGUCUCUGAGCUUCAGGACCAUGCAGACCAAAGUCACCCUGCUGGACGGGUCCGUCUUCAGCUGCACGAUGGAGAAACGUGCUCGCGGUCUUCAGCUGCUGGACAAAGUGUGCGAGCACGUCAACCUGCUGGAGCGGGACUACUUCGCCUUGUCCUUCAGAGACGCAGACAACAACAAGAACUGGUUGGAUCCUGGGAAAGAGAUGAAGAAACAGGUUAGAGGCGUACCCUGGAACUUCUCCUUCAAUGUCAAAUUUUACCCCCCCGACCCCGCCCAGCUCUCUGAGGAUAUCACCAGGUACUUGCUUUGUCUGCAGCUCAGAGAGGACGUGGCUUCGGGUCGACUUCCGUGUUCCUUCGCGACUCACACCGUCCUCGGCUCCUACACCCUCCAAUCAGAGCUCGGAGACUACGACGCGGAUGAAUGCGGCUCCGACUAUGUGUGUGAACUUUGCUUGGCUCCGAACCAAAGCAAGCAAAUGGAGGAGAAGAUAGCGGAGCUUCACAAAAGUUACAGAGGAAUGACGCCAGCUGAAGCCGAGAUGCUUUUCCUGGAAAACGUCAAGAAACUUUCCAUGUAUGGAGUUGACCUUCAUCAUGCGAGGAUGGUAGGAAGCCGCUUUGCUUGCUUGUCUUCAGGUCUCUCCGAGGACUCGGAGGGCGUGGCCAUUAUGUUGGGCGUGUGCAGCAGCGGCCUGCUGGUCUACAGGGACCGUCUGAGGAUCAACAGGUUUUCAUGGCCAAAGAUCCUGAAGAUCUCCUACAAAAGGAACAACUUCUACAUCAAGAUCCGACCUGGAGAGUUUGAGCAGUUUGAAUCAACGAUUGCGUUCAAGCUGCUCAACCAUAGAGCAGCCAAGAGAUUGUGGAAAGUGUGUGUGGAGCAUCACUGUUUCUUCAGACUAAUUUCUCCAGAAGAACCUCCCAAGCGUUUUCUCUCUCUUGGUUCCAAGUUCCGCUACAGUGGUCGCACUCAAAUUCAGACCCGCCGGGCCAGUGCUCAGAUUUCCAGACCUGCACCCCAUUUCCCGCGAUGCAUCAGCAAGAGGAACUUGCUGAGUCGCAGCCUGGACGGAGCUCCAAGUGACACCCCUAUCUCCUCCCUCAAUGGCUCUCCAGCCAUUACUGGAAGCACACAACCAGACAUGGGCACGGGUCUAUAUUUGGUGUCGAAAGCCAUUACUGUCAGUGACCUCACAAGCACGGUGACACCAGAGAAGAGGAGGGAGGAGCAGACUGAUGAAGGAACCAAUCAGGAGAAAGCAUUCAGACCAAUUGAGGAGGUGCAGGACAGUGUGAAGAUUGAGCAAGAGGUGGAGCAAGAGGCGGGGAAAGAGGCGGGGCAAGAGGCGGAGCAAUCCAAAGUAACGGCGGCAUCAGAGAGUCCGUUGACUCCCGACCAACUCGACCACAAGUUACAAAAUACAGAGCUGACAGAGACGAUGGAUGGAGACCUUACAGCCACUGAGUCUGAGCAGGAAGAUUUAAAAAGUGAUCAGGAAAUGUUGUCGAGUCCAGUGAAAGUUGAGAAGGUGGUGAGCGCCAUCAGCGACCUGCGGCGCUCCUUCUUAGAGGGAGGGGGGCCAGCGGGGGGUCCGACCGAGUGGGACAAGCGUCUGGCAGGGUCGCUCGUUCGCCGACUUGACGACUUGCCGAUGAUUGAACCUUUGGAAGCAGAAGAGGCUCAGCAGGGUGGGGCCACAGUAAAGCAAGAACCGACACAGCCAAUCAAAGAGAAGAGCAUCGCUCUGGGAUGGAGUUACGAUACCACCUCCGGCAGUGUUGUCACCAUAACCAACAAUGUUACUAUGGCAACAUCAAAUAUGAGGAAAGUGACAUUGGUAAGAGGCAGGCUGUCCACAGGUGAUGAUGUCAUCACUGGGGGUAUGUCCAGCCUCAUAAGUCAGGCACAGAUCCCACUAGUGACAAACAGAGGAGCCGCGACUCCAAACAUUUGCAGAGGUGAAGACGCUCGUCGAAAGCCGCCCCAAGAUGAGCCGACGCCUGUGUUGAACGAAAUGUCUCCUGAGCUGAACACUUUGCUGAAGUUGGCCAGAGAACAAAAAAGCUUCGGAGAGGAAAAGCUGUUGAAGACUUCAGAGAGGGUGCAGAUCAUCGCGGCGGUGACAAGGGAGGAGGAGUCAGUGUGUCAGGUAGCACCAGGAGGUUUUAUGGGACCACCUCCGUGUGAUCCCCCGCCGCCCCCGCCGGGGGCUUCAGUGAUUCAUGCUGAUGACGCCGCAGAGGCCAUAGUCAGGGAUGCCAUUAAACAGGCUAAAUUGCUCAACCGUCAGGGUAUGUUUGAUGAUGAUGAUGAUGACAAGCUGAGUAACCAGGAUAGUGAUGAUGUUAGUGAGACUAGCCAAGAUGCUAUCAGCAUGUUGGCACAGGCAGUUGUGGAAGAAGCCAUGGAGACUGGGGUCAGACAAAGUCAAAGCCCAGUAGCUGGCAUUGCUACUUCGGAUAGCACAAUCUCUAGCUUUUCUUGUAAGCCUGACCAGCACAUGCUGACAACAACGGAGGCCAGCAUGAGCCCCAACAUCAGGACCCGUUCUGUUGUGGCCACUCAGCUGGCUACCAGUUCAAAACUCCGCUGCCGUGACGUGGAAGACUCCGACGAUUCCGGUGAGGAGGAAGGCGGCUGGGGGACUCGCGAAAACUCCCCUUCCCCCACUCUACCGCUGCACUCCAAUGAAAUGCAGCCUUGCAACCUCAGCGACCAAGACAAGGAUGGGGAACCUCUGCAAGAGAGGCGAGAGGACGCAGAGCGUCCUGUCGGACCGCCGCUGACUUCCCAGAGCUUCACGGCAGAGACGUCCAGCAGCUCGCACGUUACCAAGAUGGUGAAUCGAGGGAUUUCGGAAACCAGGAUCGAGAAGAGAAUUGUGAUUUCUGGAGACACAGAGAUGGACCACGAGCAGGAAGUUUAAAGACCCGAACGACAACAUGUCACCGAAUCCAACGAGAGGAGGAAACGGUCACUCUGCCGCGUGACCUCGUGUUCCCGAGCAAGCAGACACGCCCACUGUAAUAUUUGCUUUCAUUUUGACAGGCUGAUUGCAAAUUCCUGUCUGGAAUAAAGUUUAAAUAGCAUGAUUGCCAGCAGAGCGUAGCAGCUAAAACUUUAUUUAUUGUGUUAUUUUAAUCACUGAGACAAUGAAAACACACAAGGUAAUAAGGGCUGUAAUGUUAACUAACAACGCAGAUUGUUGCUGUAGUGUUGCUUACUUGACAAAAGUUCACAUUGGCACCAACUUUUCACAAGUGCUUCAGUCUACAUUUGUGAUGUUAGCAUGCUAAUCUUGCUACCUAUUUACCAAAACAGAAGCUGUAUCCAGUCCAAUUAUUUGAUUACUUUGCGCAGAUCACCUUGUCACUUCUGCUCAUUUGGCAUUUAAAUAGGGUCUCAUAAACAGGAAGAAAUAACUUACUUACUUACUUCGUACUAUCCCCCAUUAUUGUGGCAUACACCUAUGUAUGCUGUCACUAUAUAUUAUUUAUUGUUCCUCAAACAACAACUGCUGUGUAAUAUGACAUCAGGUUGAGACGAGACUGGCAUAAUAAAAUAAUGAUGUCAACA